CGAUAGGCCUGUAGUUCCCUUUUUGUGCAUCAUAUAGACCUUAUACCAUAACAGAUCGCUGUUCACUCGCAACCAGUAGAACAAUGAGCGGUGAAACCUUGCCUACUGCCCCAGGAAACGUAAACAUGAAAGAAGACACACCAACAGAAGAUUUUGACGAGAAAAAUGAAGAUCCAGAUCCAGCAGGAGAUUUUGAACACCACGUGCUACAGGCGUGCAAAGAAUUCACACACACGAUGAAUGACCUUAACACGAGGAAGACUGAGAGUUUGGCUAGAAACAGAAGGGCGCGGAUCCUUGUGAACAAGGCAAUGGCGGCCAAAGAGUCAGCUAGGCAAGACGUCGGGAGGAAGCAAGCGAAUGUGAAAUCCUUACGAACCCGUUUGGAGUCGUUGCAGCGGCAACUAGCUUCGGCCGAAGAAGAAUUGCAAUGUUCUCGGCAGCACCACGACAAGUGCAUCAGCGACGAAGAUGCUGCUAACAAGCAGCUCAGAUAUUCAGUGAAGGACCUGCACAAGUACGAGAUGGCCGACCAAGUGACGACUAAGUAUAUAGUCAACUAUUUUAAAGAGAGGAAUAAGGUUCGCGUCGCUCAAUAUAUUAAGGCUAGUCAGGGAAAGGCCGAAGAAGUUCUUUGAGAAAUAUGAGUAACAUGUAACAUUAACAUAAUAAAAUU